AUGCUGGUCACCUCUUCGCAAUCAUCAACACAACGACCAUUGGGUUUGUCGGUCGAAGAACUAUUUGCGUUAGAUCGUCAAUAUCGUCGUAUUGAACAGCAACAACAGCACUUAGCUCAAUUACAGAGUCAAGCACGCGUAACAUCAUCCAAUCUUAAUCGUCUAACUAGUCGCUCACUUGAUCUUAUUUCAUCAACAACUCCUCAUCUCUCUGUUCUGCCAUCACUAGAAGUACACGGUCACGCAUACAGACAAGCACCGCCACCAUCAUCCACUCUAAGAUAUCCUCGAUCGAAUUCAAUUGAUCAACUCAGAUAUACACCGCCAGUAUUUACGACACCUUCACCGCAACUUUUAAAAUCUGCACAUAAUCAACGAUCUACUACGAAUGAUACUCUACAGCAACAAUACCAUUCAAAAUAUCGAACUAAUUUACAGCACCCACUCAUGGCUACCGGUAGCCCGCCAUCUUUGGGAAGUAAUGACAUGCAAAAUAUGCCUACAUCAUCCAGUGAACAGUAUGAUGCACGAAAUUCUUGUAAACUACGUCGACAACAUCCUGUUAAACGUGAAUCAUCCCGUCGAAUAGUUGUUCGACCUGUUGUACAAAGACGUCGAGAACCAUCGCUUAGCUCAUCGUGUGAGUCAUUAGAUGAAUUACGUUCACCUAUUCGUCAAUUUCCAAAUGAACAGUCAAAUAUUUCAAAUCAAUCUACUCAACAUAUGCCAUCAGCAGCAUUAAUAGCUGAUGUUAUAAAUGAUUUAAAAAAACGAGCAAAUAGUUUAACACGUGCGUCGUCAAACAAUGAUUCUUUAUCUGAUGACAGUGAUAUUAAUUUAUAUGAAAUGCGUGUACCGAUCGGUAAAACAUAUGAUACAUCAGAUAUAAGUGUACAAUUAGAAGGACCGAAAAUUCUAAUCCACUGCUAUACAAUAGAAGCAACAGAUAAACGUGGUAAUUAUCGUAAACAUGAGUUUAAAACGGAGUUAUUGGUACCAGAUGUUGUUGACGACGAAUCUAUUGUUGCUUAUUUGACUGAAGAUGGACAAUUAAUUGUUGAAGGUAAAUAUCAACCAUGGGCAUGGGAAGAAAUAAAAAGAAAACGAAAAAUUGAACAACAAGAAGCAAAAUCUUUAUUGUCUCCAAAUGCUUUAUCAACUACUCCGCUUCCGCAACCACCACCACUACCACAAGUUUCUGUAUCAUCAGCAAAUUCUACUAUAUCAUCGGCAAGAACUGACGGAGACCUGGAUCAAGAGAAGAUGUCAUCAUCACUCACAUCUAACAGUCAUCGAACCGUGUACAAUAAUAAUCAAACUAAUCCUAUGAACAUAAUCGAAACAUUAAAUAAUAAUCGAACUGUGAUUCAUAUUGGUGAACCAACCUUAUCAUCUCAACAAUAUACAGAUACAAAAAGUGUAAAUGAUAUAAUUAAUCGUUUUAAUACGUUUAAUACAUCACCAACGCCAACAGUAUGGGAUGGCCAAUAUACAUUUACAAAUGAGACUCCACCUAUCCUUAUCUAUCAUCUUCGUCUACCGUUCGAAACAUUAAUGGAUUCUAUUCGUAUACAAGCUGACGCGGAAUUAGAUAUAUUGAAAAUUUUUAUUGAACAACAAGAGAGAAAUUUAUUGCCACAGUAUGAACAACAAAAACAACAACAAAAUAAAAUAAUAGUACGUUCAACGUCAAGAUAUUGCCGUUUACCAAGAGAUCAUACAUAUGAUUAUGCCCAUUUACGUGCUAUAUUUCUAAAAGAUAAUUUUAUUCGUAUUGAAGUGCCGACAUUAAAUUAA